AUGGCGACGUCGAAGCUUCAAGCUCUCUGGAAUCAUCCAGCGGGACCUAAAACAAUCCAUUUCUGGGCGCCAACGUUCAAGUGGGGUAUAAGCAUUGCUAACAUUGCAGACUUUCAGAAACCUCCAGAUACACUUUCAUACCCUCAACAAAUUGUGAUCACAGGAACUGGACUUAUCUGGUCACGUUACAGCACUGUCAUCACUCCGAAAAACUGGAACCUCUUUAGUGUUAGUCUUGCUAUGGCAGCGACAGGCAUAUACCAACUAUCUCGUAAAAUCAAGCAUGAUUAUGCAUCAGAAGCAGAACCAGUUGUUGCAAAAUAA